UUAAGUUGGAAACAUGUUUUUGACAUAUCAAACAAUACAUAUCAUUGUCAAAAAAUGAAGGACUUGUUUUCACAUAUAACAGGAGCUCUAAAGCUUUAUAAACAAACGUUAACUUCCCAAGUGUUGAAACAUUAUUAUCUUAGCAUUGAUUUAUUUCUGUGUGUGUUUGUUGGUUGAAAAUACAUGAGAAUGAACUUAUAUAUUUUUGGCGUUUUGUUUGUUCUUUUAUUGAGUACUCAAUCAAAGACGAUAGUGGAAAUCCACUUGAUCGAUUUUCGUAAUCCGGGCAGUAAGGAUUAUGAUAGCAAAUGCUGUGACACAUUUUGUCCGUUUAUCCAAUGUGAUAACUGGUUUCAAUUUUGUUUCAAAGCGAAUCCUAACCAAGCCUGUGUUUACGCAGCGAACACCUAUGUGUUGUUUGAUGAUGAUGCUAACUUCAAAUUACUAACUUCUAUUGGAGAUAAAUUGCACAAUCCUUUCAACUUUCAAUUCAAUGGUCCAUUUAACGGUGUGUGGUUUGUAACAAAGGUUUGGGAUGACGAUCAUGGCAAUCAUAAUGACAAUGGAGAAAAGGAUGCACUAGUGGACAAGUACAACCAAAUGUUAGAAAUGAAGCCUGCAGCGAAUCAAUCUGUGUCGUAUGUUCAAUAUUUUCUUGUUAAAGGCAAAGGAACUGUUCUCACUCUUUAUAUGAGGUCCUACUGUGACACGAAUUGGUAUGGGAAGGAUUGUAAUACCUAUUGCGUCGCAAGGAACGACAAGGAGGGACAUUACAAAUGUGAUCAGAACACUGGUGAUAUGUUAUGUUUAAUUGGAUGGGCUGGACGACAAUGUAAAGAAGCCAUAUGUAGCCCAGAAUGUGAUCUGCAACAUGCUAACUGCACAAAGCCUGGUGAUUGUGACUGUCACCCCGGAUGGCAAGAUAAUCCUAACAAACCAAACACUUGUAACACUUGCAUAUCAAAACAUGGUUGCUUGAAUGGCUAUUGUGUUUAUGGUAACGAUUGUCAAUGUCGAAAGGACUGGGUAGGAGAGCAGUGUGAUAACGAUAACAAUACUUGCAGAACAUCACCUUGCCAAAAUGGCGCAACUUGUGUCAACAAUGGUCCAGAUUCCUAUUAUUGUGUAUGUCAGGCUGGUUACACCGGUUUUAACUGCAGUUUAGAAAUUGAUCUGUGUGUUCCGUCUCCGUGCAAAAACGGUGCGGAAUGUAUUAACAAGCGUACUGAUUACAUGUGCCCGUGCCCCGCUGGUUACACUGAUAAGAACUGUGUGACAAACAUUGAUGACUGUACCCCCAACUUAUGCUUAAAUGGUGCAACUUGUAAGGACGGUAUCAACAGCUUUAACUGCACAUGCGCAAAAGGCUUUACUGGUGCUACAUGUAACAUAAACAUUGACGAUUGUAAGACAAACCAAUGCCAAAAUGGUGGCGUAUGUUUUGAUCUUGUUGCAAACUUUUCUUGUCAGUGUAAACAGGGGUUUACAGGCAGAUUUUGUGAGGUUGAUAUUGACGAGUGCACUUCAUCACCGUGUUUAAAUGGAGGUAAAUGCACAAACUUAGUCAACAAUUAUGACUGUCAAUGUGUGCUGGGCUUUAAUGGCAGGAGAUGCGGAAACAACCGCGACGACUGUCCUUCUGGAACUUGUGGGUUGGGAAAUUGCACGGAUCUUGUCAACGACUAUAAGUGUUCUUGUCCUAUUGGAUACACUGGUAGAAAUUGUGAACUAAACAUCAAUGACUGUUUACCAAAUAUCUGCCAUAAUGGCACUUGCCACGAUGGUGUUAAUUCGUACAACUGCUCAUGUAAAGCAGGAUUCACUGGAAGAAACUGUCAAAUCGACAUAAAUGACUGUGACAACAACCCGUGUGAAAAUGAUGCAACUUGUGUGGAUGCAGUAAAUGAUUAUUCGUGUUUGUGCAAAAGGGGAUGGACACGAAAGAAUUGUGAUUUUAAUAUAGAUGAUUGCAUUAUACCGUGCGCCAAAGGAAGCACUGGGUUUUGUACUACAUCUCCUUGUUUGAAUGGAGCGAGUUGUGUUGAUGGUGUUGCUAAUUUUACAUGUAAUUGCUCUCAAGGAUACAAAGGAAAGUUUUGUGAACAAAGGAUAGAUUAUUGUGCGCAGAAUGAUUGUCAGAACUCCGCCAUAUGCGACAAUGGAUUGGACGGAUUUAUAUGCAUCUGCGCAAAAGGUUAUACAGGUAGAAACUGUUCCACCAACAUUGAUGACUGUGCUGCAAGCAAUUGCAAUUUGACUGGCACAAGUUUGUGUGUGGAUAAGGUAGCUAAUUUUGAAUGUCGUUGCAAAACUGGCUUUCAAGGAGUGUUAUGUGAAAUAGACAUUGAUGAUUGUGAUCCCCGCCUUGUUGGGAAUAUUCCCGAGGGACAUCAAAUUACUUCGUUUGGAAUUUGUGGCAAGAAUGGGAGAUGUAUCGACGGUGUUGCUUCAAGAAGUUGCGAAUGUAAUGAAGGAUUCUCUGGAAGCUAUUGCCUAACAGAUAUCGACGAAUGCGAAACAAAACCCUGUGUUAAUGGAAAAUGUUACGAAAAUCUGGACUCUCCUGGUUACCAUUGUGUGUGUGAUGAAGGCUUCAACGGAACAAACUGUGAGAACAAUAUUGACGAGUGUGCUGUAUAUAAUGAUUGUUGUAAUAAUUCAAAAUGUAUCGAUGGUGUAAAUAGUUACACAUGUCAAUGUACUGCUGGUAUGAAAGGAAUUGAUUGCUGUUCUUCCACUUCUUGGUGUGAAAACAAUAAUACUUGUAACGGAAACGGAGAAUGUUACGACGUUCCAGAUGGCUUUUAUUGCAAUUGCUCCGCUGGCUUUACAGGCCAUCGCUGUGACACAGAUAUUAAUGAAUGCCUCGCUGACGGGAUUUGCAAUGGUGGCAACUGUCUAAACACAGUUGGCAACUAUACUUGUAUGUGUCCUACUGGCAUGACAGGACGACAUUGUGAAAAAGGUAUCAAUGAUUGUAAAGACGUUGUAUGUAAAAAUGGACAUCACUGCAUCGACAAACAUCAGACUUUUGAAUGUAACUGUUCAUCCAACGGUUUUCAAAAGCCCUAUUGUGACGACAUCAAUGAAUGUGAACAAAGCGACGUAUGCGGAAGGUGGAGAGUUUGUGUCAACACUAACGGUAGUUACCAAUGCCCCUGUGAAUUAGGAAGGACUGGGGAGAAAUGUGAGAAAGCCAUAGACAAUUGUUUCAGCUCGAAUUGUACACCGGGUCAUUCAGUGCACUGUUAUUUAACAAAGACUGGGUACGAUUGUGAGUGCUUCGGUAGAUGGACUGGUGAAUUUUGCGAGUUACGCAAUAUGUCAAAACCAGACCCCUGCGGAUGUGAGAAGGGCGCAUGCGUGAUUUCGAAAAGUAAAUUACGAUAUUGUGAAUGUGAUAAUGGAACCACCGGUGAACAUUGCAAAGUAGAAGCUACGAAUAGAAGUAUUCUGGACAAUCUGUCGACCUUAAAUAUGGGUAUCGGAUUGGGUGUUGGCAUUGUUUUGUUGUUAGCUGUGGUUGCUAUAGCGAUCAUUUGGAGAAGACGUAACAACAAAAUGAUCUUGUUAGGUGAAAAUUCGACUGGCGUUAAAAAAGGUCAUCAUACAAAGCCUACGCUUAACUCAGUUGGCCGCUUAGACAGUCGUUUGAAUCCGAUCGACAAACCGAACACUACGAAGUGCAUGUUUAUGAAUCCGAUUCAUUCGCUGGGCAGAAACAAUCCACUCAUGAAUUUUCAGUUAAAUAAAAUCGAAUCGUAUGACGACGACGAAUAUUAAGUAGCAUUUGACUAGUCUUUUUUUUAUUCUUCAGCAAGAAAAUUUUUCCUGACAAGAUUUUUGUGGACGUGUUGACAAAACUGAAAAAACGCUUGUCGUUUAGAAAAGUCCGUCGCUGUCCUGAAGCAACCAACGCGGUAAACAUAUGAAGUGUUCUUGUUAUACAGACUACAGCCCAUCAAUAGUUCUUGCGAAAUAAGGUGUUACACCUGUGUUCCGUGCAGAAGAAUGACACUUUAGUUGUACUUAGGAACUAAAUUUUGAAAAUUAUAUUGUUUAAAAUUAUUAAAUAAAAUUUGGUAAACAUUAGCUAAUUAUAAUCAGCAUUUUUAUACUCUUUUUCAGAUUUUUCGUUAUCGAUUUUAAUGAUAGAGUAAUACACAUUUCUAUUUAUUAUAAGUUAGAUUUUUUUUAACCGAAACGGCUUGUGCAGUCACUGUAAUCCUAAUAGCUUUCUCGGGUACAAUUUCGCGGAUAAAAAAAAGAUUUCACUUCGCGAAUGAUUGCUUGCAAAAAAAAUUAAUAUGACUUUAAUAUGUUGCUUUUUUAGCAUAUUUCUAGAAAUUUUCUCUUGUAUCUGGGCAUUAUCUCGAUAUAAGAAAUAUACAAGAACAAUCAUGAGAGUUUGUUGCAGUUGAAUUAAAACAUCACAAUUAAAAAUUCAUGUACCAGAAUGUG